CUAACGUCAGCGAAAACACACUCCAAGCUGAUAGUCCCACCCCGUGGUACUGUUCUCGACACGGCAGCCGCCUCAACCCGCUGUAGCGAUAGCAGAUGCGAUAGCAUUCAGUCGCACGAUCACAGCCUUAUCAGUGCAUCGCCAACCCUCCUAUAGCCUAGCGAUGGCAUAUUCUACCCAAGGCCAUUGCCCUUCCGGAGCCCUGUUUCGUACGUCGAUAAUCUCGCCCGAAAGGGCAAUAGCAUGUUCCACCUCCUUUCACACCCGCUUGGAAUACUUUCCUCGCCCAUCGACAACUAAUUGCCCACUAAGCGAUAGCAAGUUCUAUGCAACUUCUCAUCAACUCCUAACACUUUCUUUGAACAUCGGCAGUCUUCCUAUGGCCCAGCGAAAGUACCUUCUACAUAUGUUCCCCUCCCUUCCUUACCCAUCGCCCAGCCUCUCCGUCGCCAGCGAUGUUACAUUCUGCAUCUAUUCCCUCUGCUUCCUGGCCCUUUCUCAACACAUCGCCAGCCUCCCCAUGGCCCGGCGAAAGUACCUUCUACAUCUGUUCCCUUCCCUUCUCUACCCUUCUCGUCACAUCGCCAGCCUCUCCAUUGUUGAGCGAUGGCACAUUCUCCGGCUAUUCCCUGUCCUUCUGGCCCUUCCUCAUUACACCACCAUCCUCUCCAUUGCUAGCGAUGUUACAUUCUCCACCUGUUCCUCUCCUUCCUGGCCUUUUCUUGUCACAUCGCUAGCCUCUCCAUCGCUGAGCGAUGGUACAUUCUGCAUAUGUUCCUAGCUGUUCCCUAGACCUUCACGCGGCAUCGCCCGCUUACUGCUCGCCUGGUGAUGUCCUUACUAACGAUGUUCCCGUCUACUUCCAAUCCUUCGUGGCGCAUCGCCCACUUGCUGCUGGCCCAGCGAAGUUCCCUCUAACAACGUUCCUGACUCCCCCCCAGUCCUUCAAAGUGUAUCGACAGUCUCUAUCAAGCUGGGCGAUGGUGUCUCUACGUCCCAUCUGCAAUCCUUCUUGU